AAGGCGCAGUAGCAGCAGCAGCAGGAGAAGAUGCUGAGGAUGCGGACCGCGGGGUGGGCGCGCGGCUGGUGCCUGGGCUGCUGUCUCCUCCUGCCGCUGUCGCUCAGCCUGGCGGCCGCCAAGCAACUCCUCCGGUACCGNCGGCUGGCGGAGGAGGGCCCGGCCGACGUCCGCGUCGGCAACGUCGCCUCGGACCUGGGCAUCGUGACCGGCUCGGGCGAGGUGACUUUCAGCCUGGAGUCGGGCUCGGAGUACCUGAAGAUCGACAACCUCACGGGGGAGCUGAGCACGAGCGAGCGGCGCAUCGACCGCGAGAAGCUGCCCCAGUGUCAGAUGAUCUUCGACGAAAACGAGUGCUUCCUGGACUUCGAGGUGUCGGUGAUCGGGCCCUCGCAGAGCUGGGUGGACCUGUUCGAGGGCCGGGUCAUCGUGCUGGACAUCAACGACAACACGCCCACCUUCCCGUCGCCCGUGCUCACGCUGACGGUGGAGGAGAACCGGCCGGUGGGCACGCUGUACCUGCUGCCCACCGCCACCGACCGCGACUUCCUGCAGGUGGCCGACACCCCGGACGGCGAGAAGCAGCCGCAGCUGAUCGUGAAGGGGGCGCUGGACCGCGAGCAGCGCGACUCCUACGAGCUGACCCUGCGGGUGCGCGACGGCGGCGACCCGCCCCGCUCCUCGCAGGCCAUCCUGCGGGUGCUCAUCACCGACGUGAACGACAACAGCCCCCGCUUCGAGAAGAGCGUGUACGAAGCCGACCUGGCGGAGAACAGCGCGCCGGGGACCCCCAUCCUGCAGCUGCGCGCCGCCGACCUGGACGUGGGGGUCAACGGGCAGAUCGAGUACGUGUUCGGCGCGGCCACCGAGUCGGUGCGGCGGCUGCUGCGCCUGGACGAGACGUCGGGCUGGCUCAGCGUCCUGCACCGCAUCGACCGCGAGGAGGUCGGCCAGCUGCGCUUCACCGUCAUGGCGCGCGACCGCGGGCAGCCCCCCAAGACCGACAAGGCCACCGUGGUCCUGGUCAUCAGGGACGAGAACGACAACGUGCCGGCCAUUGAGAUCCGCAAGAUCGGGCGCAUCCCGCUCAAGGACGGGGUGGCCAGCGUGGCGGAGGACGUGCUGGUGGACACGCCCAUCGCGCUGGUGCAGGUGUCGGACCGCGACCAGGGCGAGAACGGCGUGGUCACCUGCACCGUGGUGGGCGACGUGCCCUUCCAGCUGAAGCCGGCCAGCGACACCGAGGGCGACCAGAACAAGAAGAAGUACUUCCUGCACACCUCGGCGCCGCUGGACUACGAGGCCACCCGCGAGUUCCACGUGGUCAUCGUGGCGGUGGACUCCGGCAGCCCCAGCCUCUCGAGCAACAACUCGCUGACCGUGCGGGUGGCGGACACCAACGACAACGCGCCGGCGUUCGGGCAGGCGGUGGUGGAGGUGUACUUCCCCGAGAACAACGCGCCCGGCGAGCGCGUGGCCACCGUGCUGGCGAGCGACGCGGACAGCGGCCGGAACGCCGAGGUGGCCUACGCGCUGGACCCCUCGGUGGCGGGGGUGUUCGCCAUCGACCCCGACUCCGGCGACAUCCUGGUGCACGCGGUGCUGGACCGCGAGCAGACCGACCGGUACGAGUUCACGGUGACGGCCAGAGACAAAGGCGUCCCGGGGCUGCAGGGCAGCGCCACCGUGAUCGUGCAGGUGGCCGACAGGAACGACAACGACCCCAAGUUCAUGCAGGACGUCUUCACCUUCUACGUGAAGGAGAACCUGCAGCCCAACAGCCCCGUGGGCAUGGUCACGGUGAUGGACGCCGACAAGGGGCGCAACGCCGAGAUGAGCCUGUACAUCGAGGAGAACGGCGACGUGUUCUCCAUCGAGAACGACACGGGCACCAUUUACUCCACCGUGUCCUUUGACCGCGAGCAGCAGACCACGUACACCUUCCGAGUCAAGGCCGUGGACGGAGGGGACCCCCCCAGGUCCGCCACAGCCACGGUCUCGCUCUUCGUGAUGGAUGAAAAUGACAACGCCCCCGCGGUCACCCUCCCCAGAAACCUGUCCUACACUUUGCUGCCCCCUUCGAGCAACGUCAGGACGGUGGUAGCUACGGUGCUGGCCACGGACAGCGACGACGGCAUCAACGCAGACCUGAACUUCAGCAUCGUGGGGGGGAACCCCUUCAAGCUGUUCGAGAUCGACCCCACCAGCGGCGUGGUGUCCCUGGUGGGGAAGCUCACGCAGAAGCACUACGGCUUGCACAGGCUGGUGGUGCAGGUGAACGACAGCGGGCAGCCGGCCCAGUCCACCACCGCGCUGGUGCACGUGUUUGUCAACGAGAGUGUCUCCAACGCCACGGUGGUGGACGCCCAGAUAGCCCGGAGCCUGCACACCCCGCUCACCCAGGACAUCGCCGGCGACCCGAGCUAUGAAAUCAGCAAGCAGAGGCUCAGCAUUGUCAUCGGGGUGGUGGCUGGGAUUAUGGCAGUGAUCCUAAUCAUCUUAAUCGUGGUGAUGGCAAGGUACUGCCGGUCCAAAAAUAAAAACGGCUAUGAGGCCGGCAAGAAAGACCACGAAGACUUUUUUACACCCCAGCAGCAUGACAAAUCUAAAAAGCCUAAAAAAGACAAGAAAAGCAAAAAAUCUAAGCAGCCUCUCUACAGCAGCAUCGUCACUGUAGAAGCUUCCAAACCAAACGGGCAGAGGUACGACAGCGUGAACGAGAAGCUGUCGGACAGCCCCAGCAUGGGCCGGUACCGGUCGGUGAACGGGGGGCCCGGCAGCCCUGACCUGGCCAGGCACUACAAAUCUAGUUCCCCGCUGCCCACUGUCCAGCUUCACCCCCAGUCACCCACGGCAGGGAAAAAACACCAGGCCGUGCAAGAUCUGCCACCAGCCAACACGUUUGUGGGAGCAGGAGACAACAUCUCCAUUGGAUCGGAUCACUGCUCUGAAUACAGCUGUCAGACCAAUAACAAGUACAGCAAACAGAUGCGUCCACUUCCACACAUGACUGUGUUUGGCUGAAUUCCACUCUAAAAUGAUGCUCCUUUAUGCACCAUACUCUGAUGACCUUGCUACUCCGAAACCUGCUGGAGCCUGCCCUUGGCCGUGGGGUAUCAGCCAAUCACUGCUCCUUCUACUCGCGCAUUUGAUUUUCGAGUUUAUUUUUUUUUAAUUUAAAGGAAAAUAGUAUUAAAAUAAAUGAACAUAAAAGAAACAGUGUUAAUAAAGAAAUGUGCUACUAACGGAUGUCUAAGUCACCAGGAAUUCUAUUCUCAAAGAAGCGCUUAGCAGAACUUAAUUGUGAAGUCUUUUAAGCAAUCCAAGAGCAUAUUUCAACAAUAAUUUUAAGACUCUGGCUUUGUGUGAACCAGGGGAAAUUAAGUCUAUUAAGUCUUUGUCUAUAAUACACUAAAUACCGACUUUCAAUAAAAUCCUAAAUUGAUCAAUAUUUUUAAAGUGUUAUAUAAUCACCACCUUUUCCAGGCCAGUGAGAUAGCUCUGCUCGAGUAAAGGAUGGUGUCCCUUGCUCAUCCUGUGUGUGCAUGUCCAAAUACCACUGUGUGUGUGCUGGUGUGUGUGUCUCCACACAUGUGUACGUGAAGACCUCGAGCAAUAUUUAUAAAAAUCAUUGGCUAUGAAUCAAAUUUCAGAGAUUAGUUUUGUGUUUGUCACAGGCACUGCCAAUGGGUUGUUUUUUCCCCCCUUAAUCCUGAAAUACUGACCAGAGUACCUAUAGAAUUUUUAAGGCAUUUUUUGGUUAAAGUUCUUAAGAAAAUUUAGAACCUUUAAGUUAGAUUUAUGGAAGUCACCGUGGUCACAUUCAAAAGGAAUAUGCGUGGCUUCCUGUUUUUGUGGGCUACAUUUGUCUGAAGGCUAUUUCUAGUUGAUGUCAGAUAACAUAAAUUCCAGCAGCUUCUGAGAAUUCAGCAUGUUAUAUUACGUAUUGUUGAGAGAGCAGGUGGUCACAUUUUAGUUGUAUAGGUGAUUUUCUAGGUAAGUCAGGGAAUCCUCUGGCUCGUCCCUCUGCGUUUGUAUAUUUAUGUCUCUGUUUGUUAUGUUGUAUAUGUUUAUGUGCCAUAAAAUAAGUGUUUCAUAUGUAAUGUUUGACAAUUUUAUAAAAUAUCUACCACAUCAUCUGCCCCAUUAAAGUUUUCCCUGAGUUUUGAAAUACCAAGAAUGCCAGAUUCUUGAGAUUUUUGGGGGUCAAUUAUAGUCAAUAUAAAAGCCCUUUAAGCAAAAUAAAUAACUACUGGAACAAUA